AUGGGGAAGGUAGGUGGCCAGAUCAUCUUCUAUGAGGACAGGAACUUCCAGGGGCGCGCCUAUGAGUGCAGCAGCGACUGCCCCGAACUCAGCUCCCACUUCAGCCGCUGCAACUCUGUCAGGGUGGAGAGCGGGGCCUGGGUCCUGUACGAGCGCCCCAACUACAUGGGGCACCAGUACAUCCUGACCCGGGGCGAGUACCCCGAGUACCAGCGCUGGAUGGGCUUCAACGAGACCAUCAGGUCCUGCCGCCUGAUCCGGACUGGAUCUGGCAUGCACAGACUCCGCAUCUAUGAUCAGCCUGAGUUCAAGGGUCAGAUGAUGGAGCUGAGCGACGACGUCCCCAUGCUCUCUGAACACUUCCGCCAGCGGGAGGUCCACUCCUGCAACGUGCUGGACGGUGCCUGGGUCUUCUACGAGCACCCCAACUACCGCGGACGCCAGUACCUGCUGGAGAAGGGCGAGUACCGCCGCUUCACUGACUGGAACGCCAUGCACCCCACCGUUGGCUCCAUCCGGCGCGUCGAGAAUUUUUAG